CCAAAGCCAAGUACACUGUUUGUGGCAGAAAAAGGAUUGGAAGCUAGAUUACCCGAUUCUUGGUGCUUUAAAAGCCAGGCUGUUCCUGUUCUUUGAAGUGCUUGGAAGAGUUCACUGAGAAUGUCUAGCAAAACGUCUGGCACAACAAACAACAUAGCUCAAGCAAGAAGAACUGUUCAGCAGUUGCGAAUAGAAGCAUCUAUAGAAAGGAUAAAGGUGUCCAAGGCAUCAGCAGAUCUAAUGUGCUAUUGUGAGGAACAUGCCAGGAAGGAUCCUUUACUAAUGGGUAUACCUGCUUCGGAAAACCCCUUCAAGGAUAAAAAAACCUGUAUUAUUCUAUAGGCAAAGCAGCAAAAUGCCUUCAAAACCUUCCCCUGCAAAACCAACCUAGCCAAUUCUUAGAGAAGUAACCUGAAGGUCACCUGGUAGCCACCGCAUAAAACAGCAACUUAUUUUCACAUUGUGUAUGAAUGAACUUUUAAGUUUUCUCAAAAGUUUAUUUGUCCCAUCCUAAAUGCCAGGCACACGGUUCUAAAAGUUACUUCUUGCAAAAUGGAAGGGUUCUAAAAAUGUUGUUGGGCAUGGAUUCUGUUGGCUUUGCUGGGCUGAACUGGGCUGGGCUGGGAUAGGCUUGAUUUUAAAAUGCAGUGAGUGUUCACAGUUCCAAGGAUUGAACAAUCAAGACCAAAGUUGCCUGAGCUUCAUUUACAGAGUAGUGAGGUAGACCAGCAUAGAGUGCUAAUCAAGCUUUCUUUUGCAUUUGAUUUUAUACCAGUGUGUACCUUGUAUAUGUAAAUGGAGUCUAUAUCUAGGGUGUAUGCAUAUGUUUGUUUAGGUGUAUAGACACAUUCCAAAGUGCAUUCUUUAAGUGCGCUCUUCAGAGUUCAUUGCUGCAUUUAUUGAUAGGAUUUCUGCAGUUCAUGCUUUCACUAUUAAGUAUAUCUUAAGCUUUUGACAAUGUCUUAAAAACCUACACAUUUGUACAUAAUAUAAAUUCUGGUUCUCAAAAUAGUUUUGAAAAGUGAUGUCUAUAGCCUUUAAUCUAUCUUUUAUUUCCACUGAAAUGUAGACUACACUAAAUGCAGAUUGAUUGUGAUAAUGGUGUCUAAAAAUUUCUCCUCCUUUUCUUUUUGUCUUUUAAGAGGGACUCUGUCCUCUGCCUUUCCUACACAGUUUCUAAUGAACUGAUUUUUGGAAGCUUUCAGGCUUUUUUCAGUUUGAUCCCUAAAUUUACAUUUCAUAAAUGUCAAACAAUCACUAAGUAGGAGGAGAAACUCUGAGUGAAAUCCAUGGUGCUACUGCUUCUGCACAAGGCCUAUUAAAAUCAGUGGUUGUGCUAAAUAAAUGCUUGAAGGAUUAUAGCAAUGCUCAGCAGCAGCAACGAAUCUCUUGUAAAUGUUAACAUUAUUAAAGAAUUUGGGUACCGUUCAUGUGGUAAUGAGAUACUGAAUGAAAAGAAGCAACACUGAUAUGUUUUAAGCCACGGGUAUGCAUCUGUAUUCUAUUUGUUGCUGGCCCUUUAAUUUUUAUUUUAUUAUUAUUAUUAUUGUGAUCGGCCAUAGCUGUGUAUUUAGAGAGUGGGUUAAUUGUAGCUUUUUGUUGUUGUUGUUGUUCCUCAAGAGGGAUAAAAGAAUUGUCCCAUAUAUAAAGGACCUGAGAUGCAUGGUUAGAUUUCCUUCGUAGAACCUUUAGCACAGAAUGCAAAACCAACCAGUAGUGUUCAUCCAGAAGCAUUCAUUUUCAACCAGCCAAGGGACACCCCCCACAAACAUUUCUUCCUGUUAAGAAGACCUAGAUUUCCAUAGUGUUUGUAUCUGCUUGGUGACAGCUAAACACAUACUUGGUUUCACCAUAACUGUACUUCUCAAGCUAGCUGCAGAGCUGGUAAGCCAAAGUCCCUGCCCGACUUACUGGUGCUCUUCAUUGUAUUAAUCAAGCUCUUAUGGAGAACUGUAUUAGUGCUGCAUGUCAUGGUUGAUAUUGUACUUUUUGUCCCCUACAUGCUCCCAAAAGAUAAAUUUAUCACAUUUUUAAAACUAAAAUAGCUUCCUGAAAAUAGUCUGGAACUGAUAAUAAAACAACAGUUUCACAUUGGUUUUGCUUAUUUUACAUCAGUCUGCCUGUUGCAUAUUAAAUGUAUAAUUAAUUAAUUAGAUUAAUUAAUUAGAUUACUUACAAUUUGGUGCCAUUUUAUUUGCUGUUAUAAUUUAAAACAGUGUCUUUUCUGAUAUCCAGUCUUAAGAUCAUACUUGGGCAGCUGUUGAUUUGUCAGCUACACAACUCUGCUUUAUAAAGACUGAUCCUUACAACUGUUAUUCCAUGGCAACAGCAACAUGGUUUACUUGCAUUUUCUGUUAAUUGUGUUGAACCAGUCAGUAGUUUAGUUUGUGUUGUGAUCUUAACAUAGCAAGUAAAAAUCAGUGGAAAAGGUCAACCUGUGUUUGACUUUGCUGAAUAGAACAGUGGUUAAUUCACACCAGUACAUGAUCCUUUGGUGAGAUAAGAACGUACAGAUGAUGCACCUAAGCUCAUACGUGGUGGCCAUAUUGAACCUCUCAAGCAUCAGAGUUGAUACUCAUUGCAAUAAGCCUAUAAAUGAGGAGAGGCUGCAUGGGCAGGCCUGUCAGCUCUAAGAGAGUAGGUAUAAUAGUUUGGUACUGAAUAAAUUGGUAUUGUCAUUAGUACACGGGCACCUGAACAUUAUAUUCAGCUUUUACAAGUUGAUGCUGGGAAUUUUCUCACCCAUCACCACUACCACCUAUUUCCUACAAGUCCUGUCCAAAUAUCAGUAUUUUUUUUUUUAAACAAUUAGAAUAUUGCUCUUUUUAGAACUAUUCUACUCAUCAAAUGAAUGCAAUUAAAACAGUUCUUGAUGCAUUCAUCAAUUUUAUAUUUUCAUAUAAAAUUAAUAUGCUAUUUAAAAGACUGUGAUAAUUUUUAAUGAAUUAAAUAUAUAUAAACUGAUAUGCAAACAAAAGCGUUUUCCAUGUUGCAUACACUACACUGUCACCAGCAAAUGCUGCUCUGUAUGCUUUAAUGUAGAAUAAAUUUGGACACGUUCAUUUAUUCUCACUAGUGAGAAAUUUAAACUGGUUAUGAUUGCUCCCUGCCAUCCAUUUAGGCUCCACUUCACUUAAGAUUAGAAGGUAAUAUCCUUAAAUUUUAAAAUAGGAUUAUUUAUGACAGAUGAAGUACCUGUGUAACUUACUUAAAAUACCCUCAAAUGAUUGAGUACCAAAUAUAUAAACUUUGACUUGUUACAUUGUGUAGUCAAAGCUAAGGUUAGCACUUGGUGAUCAGGCAUCUGAAGAAGAGUCCAGCUUAAUAGUCCUCUUUCCUGUCAGGAAAGAAUACAAACUACAGUAGCUAGAGAAGGCUUUACGAGAACAGAAGGAAGUCCUUAGAAGUUGCCUUGCAGUUGACCAGUGCCAUUUCUCUUUUCUAAUUUCUUCCCUUCCAGCCACUUCUCAGCUCACAUUUUUCCAAAUUAAGUCUGGAGUUGUGACCCCUUGAUAUUGGGCCUGUCUUCUGGGCUUUUUGUUCUGUUUGUGUUACUAAUCAUGCUACUUUAGACUCCUUCAAGUUGAGCUGAGCUCCUGGUGACUUCACAGAUGCAUCCAUGCAGCUUUUGGGCGGUAAUAUGGAAGUGGCUUGCCAUCUUCCAGAAUGUGGUCUUUUGUUGUUAAAGUCUUACAGUACUUGUAUGUUUGUCAUAUUACAGUGUUAUAGCACCAGGCCAAAAUAGGUUGGAUCCAAAUAUGCCCUUCCACGUGUGGGAUAAAGAAUGUUAUGUUCCCAAAAGCAGUGUUUUAGCCUCACCCUAAUAAGUUCCCAAGAAAAGGAAAACUAAGGAUCCAAGCCAGUACAUGCUUGCCAGGGAGAAAGCCCCAUUGAACACAAUGGGGCAGUGCUGACAAGACAGGCAUAAGACUGCAUUCAGAGGCUACAAUCUUUCCCAGUUUAUUAGGGAAUAACCACUACUCAUUAUAAUGGGGCUUAUUUCUGAGUAAGCAUGUAUAGUGUUGCAUGAUAUAACCAAAGAUGGCUUUCUACACGUGCCAGAGGAAGCAUGGGAACUGCUGUGAACUUGCCUCUUACAGCAGUCUGGAAACUGCUUUCUUUGUGUUUGCAGAGCAAUGCAAGCAGCAGUUCAAUUUAUGCUGUGGUGCUUUGGAUCCAAACCAGUAUUUUCACCAGCAGUGCUUUAAAUUUUUAUCAUUCAUAUGUAUUUUACAAACUGAAGAUAAUUAUUCAAAAUACUGUGUUGUAAACUGCAAAAGUUUUCAUUUUAACCAAGUAGAAUAUUGUGCCAACUUCCAUUUAUGAAUGCAUUUUGACUUCCCCUUGAAAAACUCAUGGGUUGACCACCUGCCCCCUGUUCAGUUUCUCUUAUUGAUUGAGGUGUAGCAGUUCACAGCAACAAUAAAUUCAGAACCAAAAUUGAACUAGCUGCUUUGGUUCAUUUCUGUCCAAUUUUAAGUUGCUGCUAGAUGCCUCUUCACCCUCACCAGCCUUCCAUGAGAUUUUUUUAUAUUGAGAGUUGAAACAUACACACGUUGCUCAUAUGUGGUGGUGAUACGCAACAAGAAACUGAGAACAUUGCCUUCAUAUAUAUUGCCUUGGAUUCACUUCACUGGGACUUGCCACAGUGGUGCUUAGGUUAUUGUGAUUAACAGAAUAUGAAAAAUUGAAUACCUGUAAUCCAAAAUAAUAACUCCUACACCAUUGUGAAGUUUGAAAAUAAGAACAUGAAUCUUAACAAAGAGUUUUUAGUCAUUGUACCACUAACCUCUAUCUUGGUGCUCUGAUUGAAAUGUCUCAGAAGUAAAAUAAUACUGUAUUCUAGAAACACACUGUUCUUUCUUUAUCCCUUUUAAAAAUAAUAACAGUAAUCUACUUAUUUCUUACAGAUACUUCUCUGUUUUUCUUCCUUGCUUUCACAAAAUUAUUGUUUUGUAUUAUCAUUGUAAUCUUACAUUGAAAAGAAUAAUACCGUGAUUUGCCUUUGGAGUUUAAAAAAGCAUGUGUGAAAUUAAUAGAUUUGUUUUAUCUUUCAUAAACAGUCUCUAAUAAGAUUGCUUUCAUUGUGCACCUCUAUACAUUGUGAUCUGUCUUGGAAGAUGGUUUCUUGCAGAUGUUAGAAGGGUUAAAAAACUGUAAUUAAGAUUCCUUUUCACAGCUAAUAUAUUUAGUAUCAUGGAUAUAAAACACUUUAAUUAAAUAUAACUUCUUUUCA